AUGACUACUUAUAUCGGUAAGAAAGAAGUUACAAUUAAGGACCUUACAUUUGUCCCUUGGAUCUCUGAAGAAAAAAUCUAAGAAUAAAUUAAGAGACUUGCUAAAGAAAUCUCUGCUGAAUACAAAGAUAAGAACCCUUUGUUCAUUGGUAUUUUGAACGGUGCUUUUGUUUUUUGCAGUGACUUAGUCAGAAACCUAGAAUUCUUUGAAUGCAAUAUUGAAUUUUGCAGAGUUGCUAGUUAUGUUGGAACUAAAAGCACAGAAAAAAUAACUGAGUUAAUUGGCUUAAAAAAUAACCUUAAAGGAAGACAUGUAGUUUUUGUAGAAGAUAUUAUUGACACUGGUCUUACCAUGAGCUCUCUUGUACAAUCUGUUUAAAAGUUUGAACCAGAAAGCAUUAAAAUCUGUACUUUGUUCUAUAAGCCUGCCAAUUUGAAAGUUAAACUUAACCCUGAAUUCAUUGGAUUUACAAUUGAACCUAAAUUCAUUCUUGGAUACGGACUUGAUAUUGAUGAAUGGGCUAGAAACAUGAGAGAUAUCUGGGUUUUAAAAAGCCACUAUACUCCAUAACCAGAUAUAGUAAAGAGCGAUCAAUGCAAUGUUUGCACUCAAUUUUGA